AUGGAGUCUGUUCAUCAUGUCUCGGUCUCUUCAAAGAUCCUCUUCAGUAAGGUGCGCAAGAUUGUGCCCCCAAUGCUAGAAAAGUUCCACAAAGGACAGCUUGGUCGUGUGGCCGUCAUUGGGGGUUAUACCGGCGCUCCAUACUUCUCCGCCAUGGCCUCUGCAAGACUUGGAUGUGACAUGAGCCACGUCCUCUGUGAGCCAACCGCAGCACCGGUCAUCAAGGGUUACUCCCCAAACCUGAUGGUACACCCAUUACUCCCAAGCAUCGACACAGUCGAAGACCCCAACUCAAUCGACGUAUCAUCACUAGCAGGCCCAAUAAUCGGCAUGCUGUCACGACUACACGCACUCGUCAUCGGCCCAGGUCUUGGCCGCGACGGAGUCACUCUCAAGGUAGUUGCCGAAGUGAUCCGAGAAGCGCGGUCACGAUCCAUCCCAUUUGUGCUAGACGCAGAUGGGCUGCUGAUUGUAACAGAAGACCCGAACCUGGUCAAGGGAUACAAGGAUUGUAUCCUCACGCCCAACGUGGUUGAAUUCGGCCGUCUUGCCAAAGCGCUGGGUAUCGAGGUCGCCAGCCCGGCGGAGGUAGCGAAGAGCGGGGGAAGCGACGUGACCAGCAAGGAAUCAGAUGCCUGUGAGCAGCUAUCUCGAGCUCUCGGUGGUGUGACAAUUGUCCAGAAGGGUCCUCAUGAUGUGAUUUCCAAUGGGGUUACUAGUAUUAUUGCUGAUACGAAGGGUGGCUUGAAGCGUAGUGGUGGUCAGGGAGAUACCCUGACAGGAUCGUUGGCGACAUUGCUUGCCUGGAGAAUGGCUUAUCAUGAUAAGUUGUGGGACUCAGGUGAGAAGGAUAAUGAGAAGGAGGCACAGAACAAAGAGGAUGUUCAGGCGGAACUUGAGUCUGAGAAUAUGCGCAUGUCUCCGGCAACGACGCUGCUUCUGGCGGCUUGGGCUGGAAGCAGUAUUACGCGGGAAUGCUCGCGGCGGGCGUUCAAGGCCAAAGGGCGGAGUAUGCAGGCUAGUGAUCUGACUGACGAAGUGCAUCAUGCAUUUUUAGUUCUGAUUGGGGAGCCAGAGGGAUCUCAGACGCAUCUUUAG